AUGGUAGGAGUUGGACUCACGAGUAGUCCGCCUACCCACGCUCGUACACAAAAUCGUCUCGCCCAAACUCCUCAAAUGGGAUGGAACACCUACAACCAUUACGGAUGCUCACCAAACGAAGCUAUCGUACACUCCAAUUCCCAAGCAUUAGUUGACCUUGGCCUCGCCUCCCUCGGUUAUCGCUACGUAACUACUGACUGUGGCUGGACUGUUGCUGAUCGACUCCCGAAUGGCUCGUUGACAUGGGACUCGACUCGUUUCCCAUCGGGGUUCCCGGCACUGGGACAGUAUCUUCAUGGUCUUGGACUGCUAUUUGGCGUUUAUCAAGAUGCUGGAAUUCUGCUUUGUGGUAGCCCUCCGAAUCAAAUAGGGAGUCUUUAUCAUGAAUUGCAGGAUGCGCAGACUUUUGCAUCUUGGGGGGUAGAUUCGCUGAAAUAUGACAAUUGUUAUUCCGACGCUGCAACCAACUACCCAAACGUAAACUACGCACCCAGCACGUCCCCAGAACCACGAUACGCAAACAUGUCAAAUGCACUCUCCCAACAGGAUCGAGCCAUCCUAUUCCAAGUCUGUGAGUGGGGCGUCGACUUCCCUGCAGCUUGGGCGCCAUCGCUGGGAAACUCCUGGCGAAUUGGUAAUGACAUCUCCUCAUCCUGGACGAGUAUAUAUAGAUUAGUGAACCAGAUCGCACCUCAAACGGAUUUCGCUGGACCGGGCCAGUGGCCAGAUCUUGAUAUGUUGGAAGUUGGAAAUAAUGUCUAUUCAACUGCCGAGGAACAAACUCAUUUUUCGUUAUGGGCAAUCCUCAAGAGUCCCCUGGUGAUUGGCGCUGCGCUGAAGGAUGCGGCUACCUCUAUUAAUGAGGAGUCUUUGGCAAUACUCAAACAAAAAGAUGUUAUUAGCUAUAACCAAGAUGAGCUAAGUGUGAGUGCGAAUCUGAGCAGGAGAUAUACAGAGGAUGAAUAUGACGUAUGGAGCGGACCCUUGAGUGGAAAGAGAAUUGUCGCGGCACUCGUGAACUGGGCUGAUGAGAAGAGAUAUUUGACGAUUGCCUUACCGGAUAUUGGCAUUCAAUAUGCCGGUAUGGUCAAAGAUAUUUGGAAAAAUGUUACAAUUCAGGAUGUCAAGACCUCGUAUACUGCAGAAGUUGAGGCACAUGGCACGAUGUUGCUCGAACUGCAAAAUACUACAUCGUUAGGAGAGUAUUCGACGAACAUAUUUGGGACAUCAACCGGAAACUCCACCACAUUCGAAGCAAUCUAUGGGCUUACCGACAGUAGCAACUACACACUAUCGAUUACAUUCAUUUCUACAAACUCAGCCAGCGAGGUCAUGACCGUAAAAUCUUCGGCCUCUAGCCAGACCAGCACUGUGACGGUAGCGCCAAACACAGCCAGCGUAUCCCUUCCUAUAACCCUGAAUGCGGGAACAACCAACUCACUCACCAUCCAUCAUCAACUAUCAAUCGAAAGCAUCUCCAUCACCCCUCCGGAGGGCACGUACUACUCAAACACUAAGUUUACUACAACCGGAUACGCAACUUCCACCGCCUGCGGAAUCGGCUACUGUGCCCCCGUUGGCUCAAAGAUAGGUUAUAUCCGCCCCGGUGGCACUGCAGUCACCGCCAUCUCAGCAACCAGCGCAGGCACGAAGUUCGUUGAAAUUGACUACAUCAACAAUGAAAUUUCAUUCUGGAGUGGAUGGAACGCAAGAAACAUCACGGUCACGAUCAAUGGAGGUACUCCGACACGAUUGGAAGUUCCUAUGAGUGGACGGCACAGUGAACUGUUCGGCCCCGGCCGGGGAUGGUGGGAUACGGCGACAUUGGGCGUGUUGACGAAUGGAUGGGUACAGGGUGAGAAUGAGGUUGUUAUUGGGAAUGAUGGAGGUGCUGGGUAUAGUUUGUAUGCAGCUGAUUUUGUAGGAUUGAGGGUUUACUAG